UGGACACACACAUGGGUGCUCAGAGUCCCGGGAAGGUGGCGUCAGCAUCUGCAGCCGCGUCGACGUUGUCGGAGCCUCCGCGGAGGACCCAGGAGAGCCAGACGAGGACCAGGGCCCCGGGCCUCUCCAUGGAGAAGUCUGCGGCCUCCACAGAGCCCCAGGGGCCUCCAGUCCUGGGCCGCGACAGCGUCCAGGUGCCCGAUGACCAGGACUUCCGCAGCUUCCGGUCAGAGUGUGAGGCCGAGGCGGGCUGGAACCUGACCUACAGCAAGGCCGGCGUGUCUGUGUGGGUGCAGGCUGUGGAGAUGGAUCGGACCCUGCACAAGAUCAAGUGCCGGAUGGAGUGCCGCGAUGUGCCAGCCGAGACACUCUACGAUGUCCUACAUGACAUUGAAUACCGAAAGAAGUGGGACAGCAACGUCAUUGAGACUUUCGACAUCGCUCGCUUGACAGUCAAUGCUGACGUGGGCUAUUAUUCUUGGAGGUGUCCAAAGCCCCUGAAGAACCGUGAUGUCAUCACCCUUCGCUCCUGGCUCCCCAUGGGCACUGAUUACAUCAUUAUGAACUACUCAGUCAAACAUCCCAAAUACCCGCCUCGGAAAGACUUGGUCCGAGCUGUGUCCAUCCAGACGGGCUACCUCAUCCAGAGCACGGGGCCCAAGAGCUGCGUCAUCACCUACCUGGCCCAGGUGGACCCCAAAGGCUCCUUACCCAAGUGGGUGGUGAAUAAAUCUUCUCAGUUCCUGGCUCCCAAGGCCAUGAAGAAGAUGUACAAGGCGUGCGUCAAGUACCCUGAGUGGAAGCAGAAGCAUCAGCCCCACUUUAAACCGUGGCUACACCCAGAGCAGAGCCUGCUGCCAAGCCUGGCGCUGUCGGAGCUGUCCGUGCAGCAUGCGGACUCGCUGGAGAACAUCGACGAGAGCGCGGUGGCAGAGAGUCGGGAGGAGCGCCUGGGCGGUGCUGGCGGCGAGGGAAGUGACGACGAUACCUCGCUCACCUGAGCAUGGAACCAUAACAGG